AAAUAUUAUAAACUGAUAAUAUGUCAAAUUAUGACAUUUUUGCUAUGGAUGAAUUAGCAAUUGGUGACAUAAAUGAGCAUUUGCAUAUUGAUGUUGAAAAAAUCAAUUCAAAUUUAAUGAUACAACAACCGCUAGAUGAAGAGAAUGCAAAUAGCUUUUAUCAAGCUGAUACACAUUUACAAAAUGCGAAAAGUGGAAGUCAAUGGUUAUACAAUGAAGCAGAUCAGCAACCAGUAAUGAUGAUUUCUCCUGAACAGACAUCUCAAGUUAAUGAUAUAUUAAAUAAUGACGCCUUCACAUUUGAUACAAAUAAACGUUUAAAAUCUGAUGUAGAAAUUGAUGGAAAUAUCAUGAAUCAACUGAUACAACAAUUGUUAGAUGAUAAUAACUUAAGUACAUUUUUAUGAACCUGAUGCGUAUUCCUAAGCCGUGGAAGGUACAGAAGCUUAAUGGUUUAACAAUGAUGAUAAAACAAUGAAUAGACGGAGAGAAUAUUGUUUUUUUUUACUCGUAUGCCUUCAUCAAUUAUAGAAAGUGAAGAGGAAGAAUUAUAAAAUUAUAAUAAAAAUGUGAUCGACACGUCAUGUUGGAUAUGUUUUACAUACACAAUCGAAAUCAUUUUUAAUUUGUGACACAACAUGCGAUAUUUCGCGUUCAACAAUAAAAAUAUGACACAAUGAUUCAUAUUCGCAGAGAAUAAGAAAAGCGAUAAUAACGAAUAAUACAGCUCAUAAAUAUUCAAAUUAUAUACGUUUUAAAAAUUAGAUUACUUUUUCCUUGUCUAUCGUAAGAUACAUAAACUUUUAAAUAUUUACAUAAACUUUUAUAUAAACUCCACGACUCAACAUGCAUGCUUUAUAAAUGUUGUAAAUAUUAUAACAGUGUCUCUAGUUAAUAAAAUCCCAUUAAUUAUUUUAAAAUUUGUAAGAUGAUUUUUCUAUUCGGUUUAAGUGCUUUAUGAGUCCAUGCGUAAUAGU